AUGCCUGGCGGGACCAAUUUAACUCCUGUGUGUCUGUUGACCUCAGCUGGGUUCACAACGGGAGAUACAGAGCGAGCAAAAGUCAGGCCCCAGAGCGACAGUCGGGCCCCAGAGCGACAGUCAGGCCCCAGAGGGAGGGAGAGUCAGGCCCCAGAGGGAGCGACAGUCAGGCCCCAGAGGGAGCGACAGUCAGGCCCCAGAGCGAGCGACAGUCAGGCCCCAGAGGAGCGACAGUCAGGCCCCAGAGGCGAGCGACAGUCAGGCCCCAGAGCGAGCGACAGUCAGGCCCCAGAGCGAGCGACAGUCAGGCCCCAGAGGGAGCGACAGUCAGGCCCCAGAGGGAGCGACAGUCAGGCCCCAGAGGGAGCGACAGUCAGGCCCCAGAGGGAGGGACAGUCAGGCCCCAGAGGGAGGGACAGUCAGGCCCCAGAGGGAGCGACAGUCAGGCCCCAGAGCGACAGGGAGGAGCGACAGUCAGGCCCCAGAGGGAGCGACAGUCAGGCCCCCCAGGCCCCAGAGGGAGGGACAGUCAGGCCCCAGAGGGAGGGACAGUCAGGCCCCAGAGGAGGGACAGUCAGGCCCCAGAGCGGCGACAGUCAGGCCCCAGAGGGAGCGACAGUCAGGCCCCAGAGGGGCGACAGUCAGGCCCCAGAGGAGCGACAGUCAGGCCCCAGAGCGAGCGACAGCCAGGCCCCAGAGCGAGCGACAGUCAGGCCCCAGAGCGAGCGACAGCCAGGCCCCAGAGCGAGCGACAGCCAGGCCCCAGAGCGAGCGACAGCCAGGCCCCAGAGCGAGCGACAGCCAGGCCCCAGAGCGAGCGACAGUCAGGCCCCAGAGCGAGCGACAGUCAGGCCCCAGAGCGGCGACAGUCAGGCCCAGAGCGAGCGACAGUCAGGCCCCAGAGGAGCGACAGUCAGGCCCCAGAGCGAGCGACAGUCAGGCCCCAGAGCGAGCGACAGUCAGGCCCCAGAGCCCCAGGCCCCAGAGGGAGCGACAGUCAGGCCCCAGAGGGAGGGACAGUCAGGCCCCAGAGGGAGGGACAGUCAGGCCCCAGAGGGAGGGACAGUCAGGCCCCAGAGGGAGGGACAGUCAGGCCCCAGAGCGAGCGACAGUCAGGCCCCAGAGCGAGCGACAGUCAGGCCCCAGAGCGAGCGACAGUCAGGCCCCAGAGGGCGAGCGACAGUCAGGCCCCAGAGCGAGCGACAGUCAGGCCCCAGAGCGAGCGACAGUCAGGCCCCAGAGCGAGCGACAGUCAGGCCCCAGAGCGAGCGACAGUCAGGCCCCAGAGAGCGGCGACAGUCAGGCCCCAGAGCGGCGACAGUCAGGCCCCAGAGCGAGCGACAGUCAGGCCCCAGAGCGAGGACAGUCAGGCCCCAGAGCGGCGACAGUCAGGCCCCAGAGCGAGCGACAGUCAGGCCCCAGAGCGAGCGACAGUCAGGCCCCAGAGCGAGCGACAGUCAGGCCCCAGAGCGAGCGACAGUCAGGCCCCAGAGCGAGCGACAGCCAGGCCCCAGAGGGAGGGACAGCCAGGCCCCAGAGGGAGGGACAGUCAGGCCCCAGAGGGAGGGACAGUCAGGCCCCAGAGGGAGGGACAGUCAGGCCCCAGAGCGGCGACAGUCAGGCCCCAGAGCGAGCGACAGUCAGGCCCCAGAGCGAGCGACAGUCAGGCCCCAGAGCGAGCGACAGUCAGGCCCCAGAGCGAGCGACAGUCAGGCCCCAGAGCGAGCGACAGUCAGGCCCCAGGAGUCAGGCCCCCAGAGCGCGGCAGUCAGCGACAGUCAGGCCCCAGAGCGAGCGACAGUCAGGCCCCAGAGCGAGCGACACUGGGUUCACAACGGGAGAUACAGAGCGAGCAAAAGUCAGGCCCCAGAGCGACAGUCGGGCCCCAGAGCGACAGUCAGGCCCCAGAGGGAGGGACAGUCAGGCCCCAGAGGGAGCGACAGUCAGGCCCCAGAGGGAGCGACAGUCAGGCCCCAGAGGGAGCGACAGUCAGGCCCCAGAGGGAGCGACAGUCAGGCCCCAGAGCGAGCGACAGUCAGGCCCCAGAGCGAGCGACAGUCAGGCCCCAGAGGGAGCGACAGUCAGGCCCCAGAGGGAGCGACAGCCAGGCCCCAGAGGGAGCGACAGUCAGGCCCCAGAGGAGCGACAGUCAGGCCCCAGAGGGAGGACAGUCAGAGGGAGGCGACAGUCAGGCCCCAGAGGAGGGACAGUCAGGCCCCAGAGGAGGACAGUCAGGCCCCAGAGCGAGGAGCGACAGUCAGGCCCCAGAGGGAGCGACAGCCAGGCCCCAGAGCGAGCGACAGUCAGGCCCCAGAGGGAGGGACAGUCAGGCCCCAGAGGGAGGGACAGUCAGGCCCCAGAGGGAGGGACAGUCAGGCCCCAGAGGGAGGGACAGUCAGGCCCCAGAGCGAGCGACAGCCAGGCCCCAGAGGGAGCGACAGUCAGGCCCCAGAGAGCGAAGGUCAGCAGAGGGAGCAGCCAGGCCCCAGAGCGAGCGACAGUCAGGCCCCAGAGCGAGCAGAGCAGUCAGGCCCCAGAGCGAGCGACAGUCAGGCCCCAGAGCGAGCGACAGCCAGGCCCCAGAGGGGAGCGACAGUCAGGCCCCAGAGCGAGCGACAGUCAGGCCCCAGAGCGAGCGACAGUCAGGCCCCAGAGGAGGCAGACAGAGGAGGGUCAGGCCCAGAGGGAGGGACAGUCAGGCCCCAGAGGGAGCGACAGCCAGGCCCCAGAGGGAGGACAGUCACAGUGAGGAGCAGUCAGGCCCCAGAGGGAGGGACAGUCAGGCCCCCCAGAGGGAGGGACAGUCAGGCCCCAGAGGGAGGGACAGUCAGGCCCCAGAGCGAGCGACAGUCAGGCCCCAGAGGAGCGACAGUCAGGCCCCAGAGCGAGCGACAGUCAGGCCCCAGAGCGAGCGGCAGUCAGGCCCCAGAGGAGCGACAGUCAGGCCCCAGAGCGAGCGACAGUCAGGCCCCAGAGCGAGCGACAGUCAGGCCCCAGAGCGAGCGGACAGCCAGGCCCCAGAGUAGCGACAGCCAGGCCCCAGAGCGAGCGACAGCCAGGCCCCAGAGCGAGCGACAGCCAGGCCCCAGAGCGAGCGACAGCCAGGCCCCAGAGCGCCAGGGAGCGAGUCAGGCCCCAGAGCGAGCGACAGUCAGGCCCCAGAGCGAGCGACAGUCAGGCCCCAGGGAGCGGCGACAGUCAGGCCCCAGAGCGAGCGACAGUCAGGCCCCAGAGCGAGGGACAGUCAGGCCCCAGAGGGAGCGACAGUCAGGCCCCAGAGGGAGGGACAGUCAGGCCCCAGAGGGAGGGACAGUCAGGCCCAGAGGGAGCCAGUCAGGGAGGGAGGACAGUCAGGCCCCAGAGGGAGCGACAGUCAGGCCCCAGAGCGAGCGACAGUCAGGCCCCAGAGCGAGCGACAGUCAGGCCCCAGAAAGAGCGACAGUCAGGCCCCAGAGGGAGGACAGUCAGGCCCAGACAGUCAGGCCCCAGAGGGAGGGACAGUCAGGCCCCAGAGAGGGACAGUCAGGCGACAGUCAGGCCCCAGAGCGCAGCGACAGCAGUCAGACAGCAGGCCCCAGAGCGAGCGACAGUCAGGCCCGUGACAGAGCGAGCGACAGUCAGGCCCCAGAGCGAGCGACAGUCAGGCCCCAGAGCGAGCGACAGUCAGGCCCCAGAGCGAGCGACAGUCAGGCCCCAGAGCGAGCGGCAGUCAGGCCCCAGAGCGAGCGACAGUCAGGCCCCAGAGGGAGCGACAGUCAGGCCCCAGAGCGAGCGGCAGUCAGGCCCCAGAGCGAGCGACAGCCAGGCCCCAGAGCGGCAGUCAUACAUACGUUAUAA